UUUAAUGAUUUUUUUUUUUUUAAUCUCAACCGAAAAUCAAAACCCCAACCUGUCCAAAAUCAGGACUUCGGAGAAGAGAGCACAACAAACAAGCACUUGCUCUGAUUCUCUCUCUCUCUCUCUCUCUCGAUCGAAACAAUGUUCUCAAUCGCAGCUAUAAAUGAUACAGACUCAAGAGGCCAGUGGGAGCCUUUAGCCCCAACUAAAGAAGCCCAGGAGUUUCAUCUUUCACAAAUUUACCAAGAAGGACUUCUUAAGUUACAAGCCAAGGAAUAUGAGAAGGCUCGUGAACUAUUAGAAUCCGUGUUAAAAGAUCCUCUUAUUUCUGGUGCUCAGGUGAAAAGUAGUGCCAGUGACGGUCAUCUUUUACAACUCAGAUUUUUGGCAUUGAAGAACCUUGCCACUGUUUUUCUUCAACAAGGUCCUGCCCAUUAUGAUAGUGCUCUACGCUGCUAUCUUCAAGCGGUAGAGAUUGACACCAAGGAUUAUGUUGUUUGGAACCAGCUAGGAACAUUAUCAUGCUCAAUGGGCUUACUGAGUACCUCGCGAUGGGCAUUUGAACAGGGACUCUUUUGCAGCCCCAACAACUGGAAUUGCAUGGAGAAGCUCUUGGAAGUAUUGAUUGCUAUUGGUGAUGAGGUUGCGUGUCUUUCUGUCAGUCAGUUAAUUUUGAGGCAUUGGCCAUCACAUUCUCGAGCUUUGCAUGUCAAAAAUACCAUUGAAGAGUCGGAACCAAUCCCAUUUUCUCCAAGAGGUAUAGACAAACUGAAACCAAAACAUGUUCGUCUUAAGUUCUUGGACAAGAGAAAAAGAACAGGCGAUAAUCUAGAUGAGGGUGUUGCACCUAAAAAGUUGAACCAGAAUGUAGAAUUGCAGCUUGCAGAAGCUUCCUGGACAGGCCUUGCUGAUGCACUGUUGGGAAUCUUACAUCCCUUGAGUGGAUGCAGUUCUGAACAGGGGUCUGACAAAUUAUACAAAUCCGGUGACAUUAGAUUAAGUAUACAAUUGCCUCAUGGUUCAGAAAAUAUUAUGGGGUCUGUGGAAAGGAAAGGACCUAAUGUCACCUCAGACGGUGAAAGUGUGUCUAUCAGUGAUUGGAACUCUGAGAAAGCUAGUGUUUGGAGAGAGAAAGAAACAAAUGUUUAUGAAGAACAACCUCAAGAGAGGCGUAGUAGUCGUCUUGAAAGGCUCAGGAGUCGUAAACCAGGUAAAGAAGAAUUGGAUUUUGCUAACAGGAAAGAUCUGGCUAAAGUUGUGGUUCAAUUUCUGGAACCUUUUAUUGUGGUUGGAGAAGGAGCUCAAGAUAGUAAUAGUGCUGUUAGUUGUUCAUUACCUUGUCCUGAUGUUGUGGCUAAUCCAGUCUAUACUGAAUUUGAUGAUGUUACAAGAUUUGUCAAGAAAACUUCAAAAAAUUAUGGUGCUUACCACAUGGGUCACUUGCUUUUAGAAGAGGUUGCAAGUAGAGCCAUUUCAUACCGGGAUACCGUUGCUUUGUUUUUGGAGUUGGAGAAAUUGACAAGGCACUGGGGAAGGGAUAGGACAAAGGAAUGCAGUCUUUUUCUUGCUGAGCUGUACUAUGACUUUGGGUCGCGCUCUUCUGACACCUCCAGGCGGUCUGACUUCAUGUCUGAUGCAUCUUAUCAUCUUUGUAAAAUCAUUGAAUCUGUAGCUUCAGAUUAUCCUUUCCACAUAAUUGGUGCAUCUGGGGAUGAGAAUAGCUCUUCAACAAGUAGUUCUCAAUGCAAUUCUGAAACAUCAGUUGGGAUCAGUUCUCUGUUGUCCAAUAAUUCUCACUUUUGGGUUCGCUUUUUUUGGUUAAGUGGGCGAUUAUCAAUUUUCGAUGGUGACAGGACUAAAGCUCAGCAAGAAUUCUGUAUUUCUUUGUCACAUUUAUCCAAUGAAGAAAAUCUGAACAAUCACCUUCGGUCUGUUUGCCUGCCACACUGCAAAGUUAUUAGAGAGUUAACUGUAGAUAGGAUUCUCCACGAAAUUAAUUUAUUAGAGGUUGAUUUCUUGUUGAAAGGGGGAGCCAUAGGUCAGAUAAUUGAGAAAGAAAUGUAUCUCGAGUGUGCACACUUGCUUGCUCCCCUUCUCUUUUCUACAAUGGACACUCACCAUGACAUAUCAUGGGUUGCUGAUAACAAAGGUGACGAGAUUGCUUCAGUUGAAUUAUCAGCAUUAGAUGUUCUCAUUAAAGCAUGCGAAAAGGCAAAACCAACAGACUUUGAGGUGUUUUUGAAUUGUUACAGAAGGAAGCUGCAAAUACUAUUGGUUGCAGCUGGCAUGGAUGAAUGUCUUGCUUCAUAUAAAUCUAUUCACAAGAUGUCUGUCCUAAAACCACUUUCUACUUCAGGAACAGAAUUAAAUGAAAGCCCAAGCAUGCAUUGGAAUCAAUUGGUUGCAGAAGAAGUGAAGGCAAUCUCUCAAUGUGUAUCACAAAUGAAGAACUUCAUAGAUCUAUCUGGAAAUUAUAAUGGCUUUAUUGCUCUUCUGAGAAUUAUUGGUGAUAUUCAGUCUUUGCUGCUGACACUCAUGUGCAAUAUUGCGAGCACAUACUUUUCUAAGAAAUCUGCUGGACCUGCAAUUUCAGAUCAAAUUGAACAAAGCCAAAGAUGCUGCUUUAUUGAUUCAGCCAUUUUAUUCUGCAAACUUCAACAUCUGAACCCGAAUGUCCCUAUCAAAACUCAAAUUGAAUUGAUCGUGGCAAUGCAUGACUUGCUGGCAGAGUAUGGGCUCUGCUGUGCAGGUGGAGAUGGUGAAAUAGAGGAAGGAACAUUUCUAAAACUUGCAAUAAAGCAUCUAUUGUCCUUGGAUAUGAAGCUUAAGUCAAACUUUCAUUCUUUAAACAAGGGAUUGGAAACAAUGCAAUGUGACGAGCAGCUUUCCCACAAUAAUCAUGUCGAAACAUCUCUAGACAAAUCAAAGUCAGACACGGUAAAUGUUGCCUCAGAUACAGUGAAUGUUGCUAUAGAUAAAGGCAAUAUUGUGGAGAAGGAUGUUCUUGAAGGAGUGCCUGCCAAAGGCAUUUUGCCUCAUGAGAGUAUGGAGAAAGAGAAUGCAGGAUUGGAAUGUAGCAAAUGCAGUGGUGAUGGGCCCAAUGGUAUGUCCCAUGGAGAAAACGCAAGCAAUCAAUCUAAUGCUCUUGGCAGUGAACUAACUGAAGAUGAAAGGGAGGAACUUGAGUUGGGAAUUGAUAAUGCUUUGGAUCGAUGCUUUUUCUGUUUGUAUGGUUUAAAGCUUAGAUCAGAUUCAUCCUAUGAAGAUGAUUUUGUGCAGCACAAAAAUACUAGCCGUGGCGAUUAUCAGACAAAGGAACAGUGUGCUGAUGUUUUCCAGUACAUACUGCCCUAUGCAAAGGCUUCAUCUAGAACUAGAUUGGUAAAGCUUCGGAGAGUAUUAAGAGCCAUACGCAAACACUUUCCACAGCCACCAGACAAUGUUUUGGCUGGAAAUGCAAUUGAUAAGUUCUUAGAUGAUCCUAAUCUGUGUGAAGAUAAACUCUCAGAAGUGGCCGGAUCUGAUGGGUUUCUUGAUUCUAUCAUGAAGAUUAUAUUUCCCGAUGGUGGAAGCCUCAAACAACUCAAGGCAUCAUCAUUAGGGAGCUCUGACCCGUAUAUGGAGGUCUAUUGCAACUUGUAUUACCUCCUUGCUCAGUCUGAAGAAAUGAGUGCAACUGAUAAAUGGGCUGGGUUUGUACUCACCAAGGAAGGGGAAGAAUUUGUAGAGCAAAAUGCUAAACUUUUCAAAUAUGAUUUACAGUACAAUCCUUCACGCUUUGAGAGUUGGCAACGGCUUGCCAAUAUUUAUGACGAGGAGGUGGAUUUACUGCUAAAUGAUGGUAGUAAGCAGAUAAAUGUUUUAGGUUGGAGGAAGAAUUCUACUUUACCUCACAGAGUUGAGACAAGUCGUAGGAGAAGUCGGCGGUGUCUAUUAAUGACUUUGGCUUUAGCAAAGACAUCAGCUCAACAGGGUGAGAUACAUGAAUUAUUGGCAUUAGUGUACUAUGAUGGCCUACAGAAUGUGGUUCCCUUCUAUGAUCAGAGAUCUGUUUUACCCUCAAAGGAUUCAGCAUGGAUGAUGUUUUGUCAUAAUGCAACGAGACAUUUUAAGAAGGCCUUCGCGCAUAAGGAAGAUUGGUCUCACGCAUUUUAUUUGGGGAAACUCUCUGAAAAGCUUGGAUACUCACAUGAGAUGUCAUUUUCAUAUUAUGAUAAGGCUAUUGAUUUGAAUCCUUCAGCCGUAGAUGCUGUCUACAGGAUGCAUGCUUCACGUUUAAAGUUACUUUGUACAUGUGGCAAACAAAAUAAAGAGGCUCUAAAGGUUGUUGCAGAAUAUUCUUUUAAUGAAUCAACAAAGGAGAAUAUCGUGAAGAUAUUGAGCAGAAUGGGUACUGAAAUUCCAGAUUUGUUAAUGGAUGUUGAGGACAAAAGUAUUCAAACCAAUCCCGAGGAUACAAAGCUAGUAGAUUCACAUCAAUUGGAAGAGGCGUGGCAUAUGCUUUACAGAGAUUGCCUUUCUGCCCUUGAAAUUUGUGUAGAAGGAGACCUAAAACAUUUUCAUAAGGCCAGAUAUAUGCUUGCCCAAGGGCUGUACAGAAGGGGUGAGAGUGGGGAUUUGGAGAGGGCAAAGGAUGAACUUUCCUUUUGCUUUAAGUCAUCUCGCUCAUCCUUCACAAUUAAUAUGUGGGAGAUUGAUAGUAUGGUCAAGAAAGGAAGGCGCAAAACACCAGGUCUUUCUGGGAACAGAAAGGUCCUUGAAGUUCACUUACCAGAAAGCUCUCGCAAAUUUAUCACUUGCAUUAGGAAGUACAUUCUGUUUUAUUGGAAACUGUUGGAGGAGACGGGAGACAUCUGUACACUUGACCGGGCCUACAUCUCUAUUCGAGCAGAUAAGAGGUUCUCCUUGUGCCUCGAAGAUCUUGUUCCAGUAGCUCUUGGGAGGUAUGUUAAGUCCUUAAUUUCAUCGACACAUCAAACUGAGAAUGUUGGCUCUGGUGCUGCAAGCCGCUCUGAGCAUCUUCUGGAGAAAAUUUUCUCCUUGUUCAUUGAGCAGAUGAACUUAUGGUCAGAUUUAUGCUAUUUGCCCGAGAUCAUUAGCCCAGAAUUAACGGAGAGCAGCUUAUAUGGAUAUCUCUACCAAUAUAUCCACUUAUUAGAGAGAAAUGUCAGAGUGGAAGUACUUGAAGGAAUAAGUGAAAAGAUACGAAAGCGUUUUAAGAAUCCAAAGUUGUCAAAUAGCAAUUGUGCUAAAGUUUAUAAGCAUGUCUCUGUUGCUUGGUAUCGGUCACUUGUAAUUAACUUGGCAUUGAUCACUCCUUUACAUUCUGGACUGUCAAGUGAGAUCCAAGUUCCUAAUCCGUCAGAUUUGGGGUCAGAGAGCAGCCAACAGCUCUGUGUUGAUCUGCAGACAAAUGAAUUGUGGAAGUCUUCCUUUGAAGACCCAAACCAUCUAAAAAAUCUUGAAACAAAAUGGAACCCUUUAUUGUCGAAGAUCAAAAAUGUUAUAAUCAAGAAAACUUCAGAGCAAGAUCUGGAGACAGCUGCCACACUGCUUAGAUGUUCUUACAACUUAAGUAGGGACACCUCCUGUGCAGUGCUCCCAUCAAGUAUCAACCUGAAUGUGGUGCCAUUUCAGUUAGCAACUGCAGGACACUUCUAUCCAGGCCUCGAUGGGGUCAAUGCUCUUGAUCUGAAUAUUCCGCGGAAGCUUCUUUUAUGGGCGUACACACUGUUGCAUGGCCAUUACACGAACAUCCCAGCUGUAAUGAAGUAUUGUGAAGAAAAUGCCAAGUCAAAGAUGAAAAAAGGAUCUGGAAGUUCAUCAGUGCCCUCAAAUACAAAUACACCCGCUGCUGGCGCUUCUAAUACAGGUGGUGGGAAAGAUGGAGCAAGUAAAUCCAGUGUAGCAGAGGCUGCUACAUCAACCACCAUGGCAUCAGCUGCUGUGCCCAAAAAUGACAGCUCCCAAAAUACGACAUCUGCUUCAUUGCCUGAAAGUGAGAGUGCACAGAAUGUGGCAUCUGCUUUGCUGGAAGGCGAGACCACUCAUGACCCAGUCAUAAAUCCAACUGGUGAGAACCAUGCGAUUUUUUCAGCUACUCCAAAUCUUAUUCGUUGUAACAAAAAUGUUGAAUCAAGAAGCAAUCUGGAUGUGCACGAUGGAGCAGAUCCUGGCAAAGGUUGACUUCAGUUUGGCCUGGCAACCGACAAACUUGUAAAUGUGUAGUGAUAUACGGCAUGUAUGGGGGGGACUUUCUUUCUUUUCUUUUCUUCUUCUUAGAAAGUUGGAAAUGUUGUUUGGAAGAGAUGACAGGACAGGAGUGCUCAUAAAUGCAGUCUUUUCUAUUUUACUUAUUACCUGACGAGGUUUGUUUAUGUCAUGACAAUCUCACAUUUUGCGAUUUUUUAUGUACAAACCAAUUUCCUAGUAGAAGAGAGAAAUCGUAGGCAAUUUGUUAGACAUUUGAACAAUAAAAAUUUUCCGUUUCUUUUGUUCGUUUA